AUGGGGAAAAAGAUUCGACAUGUCCCACGACAAGUGCAAAAUAAGGAUGACCAUAAUUUCGAGGAUUGGAUUAGUCUGUUACCCGAUGAAGUUCUCAUUCUUAUACUAUCCUUAUUGAGUGUCAAGGAAGCAGCAGUUACCAGUAUCCUUUCAAGGAGAUGGAGAUACGUCUGGGAAUCUAUCACACGUCUCGACUUUGAUGCUAAGGAAGCAUUAGUAAAGAUUGACAGGAAUCAUAAUGAUAGGGAUUUUCUUGAGAUUGAAAGGCGUAAAUACGUCAAUUGGGUGAAUCAAGUUGUUCGAUNGAUUACAUGGGGUGCCCGUAUCUAUAGUAUCCGAUCGGGACCCUAG